UCAUGUCUGGCAGAGGAAAAGGAGGUAAAGGACUCGGGAAAGGCGGAGCCAAGCGGCACCGUAAAGUGCUCCGUGAUAACAUCCAGGGCAUCACCAAACCAGCCAUCCGCCGUCUGGCUCGCCGUGGCGGCGUCAAGCGAAUCUCGGGUCUCAUCUACGAGGAGACCCGCGGUGUGCUGAAGGUUUUCCUGGAGAAUGUGAUCCGCGACGCCGUCACUUACACGGAGCACGCCAAGCGCAAGACGGUCACUGCCAUGGAUGUGGUGUACGCGCUGAAACGCCAGGGCCGCACUCUCUAUGGCUUCGGCGGUUGAGGAACUCCUGAUUCUGAACACAACACAAAGGCUCUUUUAAGAGCCACCCACCACCUCAGAGAGAGAGAGCAGU